GUGCCUGCGAGCAGCGGCGCCCGCAGGUCGAGCAGGCGCUGACACCGUGUGUCUCAGUCUGGUGAGCGGCUCAGCAGAGGCAGCAGCACCGCGUGAGGACACUUGACAGCUCCAGAGACUGCUAUGACAUCUCGCAGGUGGUUCCACCCCAACAUUACCGGAAUUGAGGCAGAGCAGCUCCUGUUGACCCGGGGAGUCCACGGCAGUUUCUUGGCCCGGCCCAGCAAGAGCAAUCCAGGGGAUUUUACCCUCUCUGUCAGGCGUAACGAUGAGGUGACCCACAUUAAGAUCCAGAACUCAGGCGACUACUACGACCUGUAUGGAGGGGAGAAGUUUGCCACGCUGGCCGAGCUGAUCCAGUAUUACACAGAACAACAGGAUCUGCUGCGGGAGAGGAACGGCCAUGUCAUCGAGCUCAAGUACCCACUCAACUGCAAGGACCCCACCUCUGAGAGGUGGUACCAUGGACACCUGUCUGGGCGAGAUGCAGAGAAACUGCUCUCAGACAAAGGCAAGGCCGGCAGUUUCCUGGUACGGGAGAGCCAGAGUAAACCGGGCGACUUCGUCCUCUCGGUUCUCACCAAUGAGGAGAAACAUGAAAACGUGGAUCGCAAGACCAAGGUCACACAUGUUAUGAUACGCUACCAGCAGGACGGUAAAUACGACGUGGGCGGAGGUGAGAGGUUUGACACAUUGGCUGAUCUGGUGGAUCACUACAAGAAAAACCCCAUGGUGGAGAAAAGUGGCAUUGUAGUGCACCUCAAACAGCCAUUUAAUGCCACGAGGAUAAACGCAGCCAACAUUGAGAACCGGGUACGGGAGCUCAACAAAGUAGCAGACAACUCUGAGAAGCCCAAACAAGGAUUCUGGGAAGAAUUUGAGGUACUUCAGCAGCAGGAGUGCAAACUGCUGUAUCCCCGGAAAGACGGCCAGAAGCCGGAAAACAAGAGUAAAAACAGAUACAAGAAUAUCCUCCCCUUCGACACAACUCGUGUUGAACUCAGGGAAAUGGAUCCAGAUAUUCCUGGGUCAGAUUACAUCAAUGCCAACUACAUCAGAAGUCUGCAUGAAGAGGGACGCCACGUGGACGACUGCAAAGUCUUCAUCGCCACCCAGGGGUGCCUACAAAACACAGUCAAUGACUUCUGGAAGAUGGUGUAUCAGGAGAAUACACACGUCAUUGUCAUGACCACGAAGGAGAUAGAGCGAGGGCGGAACAAAUGUGUGUGCUACUGGCCGGACCUCCACGCCACUAAGGAGUUUGGGAAGGUGCUAGUGAGGAACAUGGAUGAGCAGUCAGCGCAAGACUACAUCCUGAGGAAGCUGGAGGUGACCCGACUGGACCGGAAGGAGCCUCUGAGGUACAUCUGGCACUAUCAGUAUCUGAGCUGGCCCGACCACGGGGUACCCAACGAGCCUGGCGGCGUGCUCUGGUUCCUAGAGGAGGUCAACCGCACUCAGAGCACCAUUCCAGACACUGGACCCAUUGUUGUCCAUUGCAGUGCAGGCAUCGGCAGGACAGGCACCAUUAUCGUUGUUGACAUUCUCAUCGAUAUUAUUAACCGCCAAGGUCUAGAUUGUGACAUCGAUAUCCCUAAGACCAUCCAGAGGGUACGGCAGCAGAGGUCGGGCAUGGUGCAGACAGAGGCCCAGUAUAAGUUCAUCUACAUGGCUGUGCAGCAGCACAUAGAAACGGCUCAGAAGAGACUGGAGGAGGAGCAGAGAAAUAAGUUGAAGGAGAGGGAAUAUUCCAAUAUCAAAUAUCCCCAGAUGACCAACUCAAGAUCCAAACCCAGCAUGGCAUCCUCACGCUCGUCUUCUGUGAUGACAAAUGAUGAUUCGUCGAGUGUGUACGAGAACAUAAACUUUAAAAGCCCUCAGACGUCUUUUAGCAGUAACACCAGGAGGUAAAACUGUCGGAACGUCCACAUUUCUCUGUCUGCCUCUUUUUUCAGCUGAGGUGUCGCUUCGUUAGCGCCUGAAAAUCCCUCACAGGGAGGAGGGAGCGUGGUGCUCGGAAUACACCGCACAACUGUGGACCCUGCCUGGGCUGCAGGUGGCGCUCUCCGGCUGCCGUCCUGCUGACUCUCUCUGUCUGGAGUAAAACCUCAACCUCCGUGGAGAGGAGGACUCUAUAGCAUAGUGCCUGCGCUCAGGGCCUCUCUGUCCUCCUUCGUCUCUCUCCCUUUUCGCUCCAGCCUCCAAAGCUUCUCCCUCUCCUAACCAGCAGAAGUGCCUUGACACAGGAUGUGUCUGUAAUCUAUUCUCCCCAAAACCUGCUGUCAAAUCUGCACUGUAACUGUUUUCCGAACCCUGGAAACCCAACGUGACAUUAAGAAACAACCAGUUUUUCCUCAGGAUGACGGAUAUUGAACAUGGAGCUUGCCCUUGGCCUGACAUGAACAGAGCUGUACGAGACCCACGAAGAGGUCAAAGCUGAGCAGUUUGUCCACUUGUUCACAGAAACCACUCUGUUCUCUCUCUCUCUCUCUCUCUCUCUCUCUCUCUCUCUCUCUCUCUCUCUCUCUCUCUCUCUCUCUCUCUCUCUCUCUCUCUCUCUCUCUCUCUCUCUCUCCCUGUCUUUUGUGGUUGUUGUUUGAACUCGAAGCUAAGACUGUUUUCGCUGCGUUCUGCCACUCCAGCUGUGGUGGUUAUUAAGGUGGCCGCUGAGUGAUAGCGAGGGCAAUUACAUAACACAGGAUGCUGAAGCACAUGAAGGGCAAGCAAACUCCUUCUUAUAAGAUACAAAUAAUUUCUCAUUUUAAUUUGCGGUGUAAAAGUGGACUAUUUGAUUUUUUAUUUUUUUUUAUUUGUCAGAGUGUUGUGAAUGAGUUGAAAGAAACUUCCUGUGCUGUUGCAAAUCAGCAAAUUUAGUCAUUUAGUCAAGUACUGUCGGUCCUGUGAACGUGACCUCCAGUGGUCCGCUUCUUUUCAUUACUUCUUGAUGCCAUUGGUAUCAUGGUUGUGUAACAUAUGAGAUGUUUAUUUUUUAAAUAUAAUUAUAUUUAUAAAAGAGCUUAAUGGUGGAAGAGAUCAUAUUUAAGCACAAUUGUCUAAGCAGCAGCCCAAAGCGCUAAUUUACAUUUUUAUCAUGAUAGUAUUUUGAAGUCCACAUUUGACAGGAAACGGGGUUGAGAGGAUUCCUGAACGGGUUGUUGGAGGUGAGCUCGGCCGACCGCCGUCUCUCUGCCUCAUUUGUCUGGCCGUUCUCGUUAAUCAGCAGGUCUGAUGCAGUUCAACAUCUGUCGGGGAGAUCGUCACAAGGAGAUAAGGCAAAGGGGACGAUUACAGUGGGCCAGAUGGCCAUCUGCCCGAGAUUGAAGAAUAGAUUUGUCUCCAAAAAGUAAUUUAGAAGAUGGCCGUAAUCCAAGCUUGAUGAUAGCAGAGUGACGUCACUGAUGUGAUAAGGAAGACGGGGGCGUUGCAGAGCACUCAGCCCCCUGUGCUGUCUGGCAGAUUGUCUGCUAUUUUUAGCCUCCAGGAUCAGCACCAAAAUAUCCCAGUGAAGUAGUCACGUUGGCGACAUCUGGCCCAGCUCGUUUAAAAUCGAAUGACUUAAUGGUCUGCAGGAAAAAAACGAUCGGUAAUAAUGAUGAAGUGUUCAGUCUACCCUCAUGAAAAGAAACUAGGAGUGAGUGACAACUGUUGGUGGUGUUUGUGAUCCAGCCAUUCCUCUUCCUCCACCAGCUCACCUGCUCAACAACACACACUCAAUCAUGAAUUAUUAUUAUUAUUAUUAUUAUUAUUAUUAUUAUUAUUAUUAUAUUAUGAGUUUCUAUAGCUGUGGCUCAUGACUCUUCAUAGACGUUAAAAUAUAGAGUGAUCAGUGCUCGUUGAAUAAGUCUGUAAUUUGACUCAGUCGACCUUGUGCAGUACAUAACCAGCGUUCAUCAUAUCAUUGGAACAGAUUCCUUUUAUUAAGCUUCUACUACAUCAGUAGAAGAACAACACAAAUGUGUUUCUCAUCACCUCACAAAUAUCUUGUGAUUUUUGCCACUCAACUGUUUCUGGUUUGAAACUUUCCCUGUGAUAAGUUAUUGCCCUUUUAAUUUAAUGGUGGAUUCGUUAUGUUAAUAAAAGCUAUGUUUUAUGAAACGGCAUUGCUGCCCUGUGUCAGUGAAGGCACACACACACACACACACACACACACUUGAUGAAUUGAUUUGAACUUUGGGGGUUUUCCUUUGUCCUUUUCCAGUCUGAACUGUGAUCUUGAUCUGAUGAAUGACAAAUGACUUUAGUGGUGUUGUUAUUUUCUGUGUUUCUGUUUGUUUGUUUGUUUUUGUAUUUCACUCUGCCUCUCUGGUUAAAUUGUGAUAUGGUGAAACAUCAAUACUUGAAAGUGUGAAACUGCAGAAUCUUUGGCCUCAGGCUGUGUCUGGACGUCAAUUGUGUGUUGAAGUAUUUUUGUCAGUGCACAGACUUUUUGCCAUCAGUGUUGUUUUAUUAUGUUUGAUUAUUUUCUUCUUUUUUUUUUUCAAAAAGUACAUUUCUAAUUGAUUGUUUUAUCCAUUCUUUCAUUUUGUAUUGUGUGUCAUUAAUAUUAUUAUUAUUGUGAUUUAGCAUUGAUAAGUACAUUGUGGCCCUGAGUUGAUCCGGUGUGCAUGGAGGUGUGCAGUAGUGAUGCUGUGUUGUUUUUUUCUGCUUGUCCUCGUGCAUUUACUUGAACAAAAUGUUGAUAGGGUUUAUUUUUGUUUGUUUGUUUGUUUUAUUUUGAUUCCUUGCUCUUGUGUUGGAGGCAGAAUGGCUGAAGUGAAUCGUGGUAAACUGAGCGCUCCCGUGUGAUUCAGUGGAGGCUCCUCCCCCCCUUUCCUCCUCUUCUUGCACUGGCUCUGCCCAAACGCCUUUUUUGCUGUAUAAGUUUCAACUGCUGAUGCAAUGAGCAUUAAAAUGGUUUAUCAUCAUAUAGUUCAAUAAAAACUCUAUGAUGGCACUAUA